AUGGGACGAAAUUGUGUUGGACCAAUCGUGCGUCAACACUACCUGCUAGGAGAGAGUGAGGCCGUGGAUAAGCAUUCUUAUUGGAUGAUCUUAUCCAGAAAUGGACGAAUCAAAUGGAGAUACACAGCAGCUUCUAAGACGGGCCAAUCAUGUAGCAACAUCCAGCUACUGAAUGAAGACGAAGCAAGCCUAAACCAAUUGGGCAACGACACCAGCUGCUAUGGAGGAGAGAGAGGCGUGGAUAAACUCCAAGAAUACCUAAUGCUAUCAGGGAGAGACACCCAGCUGCUCAUGAAAGACAAGGAUUGUCCAAACCAAUCAGACGGAGACACAGAAGUGCUCAAUGGAGACGAAAUGGACUUGGACGAAUCAGGAUGCAACACCAACCACUGA